UGCUUCUAUCGUGGUCACGCCCCACCAAAACCCCACGCAGCCUUUCGAGUUCCGCCAAACCCCCAGGCCGAUGCUGCUGCGGUCCGUGCUCCGGUCCGCCGCCUUCACCGCGGCUAAAACCCGAAGGCCUUCCUCCCUCCUGUCCUAUCUUCUCGGCCACACCGCCGCGGCGGCGUCGGCGUCGGCGGUCUCGUCCCGCUUCUACUCCAAGGCAAAGACCAAGACCACCACCACCACCAAGGGCAAGGUUCGGGUCAAGGGCCCCCGCGGUGUCUCCGCGGAUGAUGCCGCCCGGCCCGACGAGGCCUCCUCCGUCGACGACGACCUGAACGUCGAGUUCGAGCUCCCCACUGAUCCCCUCCCCGUCACCUAUGACCCCGCCCUCGAUGUCGGCCCCGGAGGCCGCCCCCUCUUCUCCUUCACCAAGUCCUUCUCCUCCCUCACACGCAAGGACGCCUGCACCUACGUAGACUUCAGCUUGGAUGAGUGGAAAGCGAUGUUGCCUGAGGGACUGCCGCCGGGGAUGGUGAAGGAGUUUGAGGAGACAAGGCGGUGUGCGGUGAUGGUUAGGCAGAGCUUUCUGGACUUGCGCGAUAACUUCCGCCGGAUUGUCGAUCCGCCCAUCCGGACAGGCGCUAAAAACUCAAAAAGGCAAAUUGUCUUGGAUGGUCCAGUUAGCUGUGGAAAAACCAUUACACUUGCUAUGCUUGUUCAUUGGGCUCGUAGUGAAGGGUGGCUAGUCUUUUAUGUUCCAAAAGGUAGGGAGUGGACCCAUGGAGGAUUCUUUUAUAGAGCCCCAUAUUCUGACCUUUGGGAUACUCCUGUCCAGGCUGCCAAAAUCCUUCAGGAUUUUCUGAAAUUCAAUGAGUCUUUCUUACAAAGAUUACCUUGUCAAAUUUUUGAUCCCAUUCCCUUGGGAGAAGGUGCUGGUGCUGGAAUGAUGAAAGGUGUUGAUUCCAUGGCAAUGCCUGAAGGUUCUACAUUAUAUGAUCUAAUUCACACUGGAAUUAGUUACACACAUGCAGCAGUCGGUGUUGUAGUUCGUUUGAGGAAAGAAUUGUCACUGGUGAAAGAUUUACCUGUGCUGUUUGCAAUUGAUCAAUAUAACAACUGGUUUACAUUCAGUGAAUAUGAGGAACCCGUAACUGUACGUUCUUGCCAGCCGAUUCAUGCAAGGGAACUUUCAACGGUGAAUGCUUACAGAUCUAUGAUGCAUGAUGAUAUGAUGGUUGGAGCAUUCUCUCAUUCAACAGCUGUGGGCAAACUACGUCAAGAACUUCCAGAUGUUCCAUUAGAUGCUCGUGUCAUGCUCCCUCGUUAUACCUUGGAUGAGGCUGCCACUGUUUGUCAUUACUAUCUUAGGCAAAGGCUUAUACGACGUGAAACAUUUUCAGAGGAAAAGUGGAAAAAGAUUUACUAUUUGUCCAAUGGAAAUGGCUCAGAGAUGAGGUGGUUGGCUCCUUUUAUAUAACAAAGGUGGAGGAAACCUACAGUGGUACAACCCGGACAAGAAGUCAUAUUCCCGAGAGCCUUCUGAUUUGGUUAGCCAGCUGGUCAUUUCACGUCUUGUCAUGUCUUGGUCCCGUGCUUGUUCUAUAUUUGCCUGUGUCUUCUUGUUUAACUUGUUUUCUGAUUACUCGAACAGACCAAGGCUCAAGUUUCUUUCUUUUGGGAUAGCGAAAUUUCGUGUACCCAUUUUAAGGCUUACAGCUUUCUUCUCUCUUUCCAAAGGUUGCUUGGAGUACAUGUAAGACUAUUGAAAUAAUGACUUGUGAUUUUCAAGUCCAAGCAGAUGGUUAUAAUUUGAAGAUGUAGGGAAGUGUACCACUGAACUAUAAAGACAAUUCUCUAUAGAGCGUGCAAGUUUGCAAUUGAAAUUUACAGACAA